AGGCUGGUGGUGGGCCUGCAGUCCGAACAGACAGAAGAGGUGAUUUCAGGGAAACUCCGACUGGCUCUUGGUGGGAUCCUGAUCAACAAGGAACGGAUGAUUGUUCAGUUUGAGCCGCAGAUGGACGGCUGUGUGCGGGAAGGCAGCUGGCUAAACCUCAGCGUCCCCUGGGAGGCAGAGGCGGAGGAGCUCUGGCCCUGCUAUCAAAACGUCCAACCUGGCAGCUUCUUCCCUGGCACUGGAUUUGCCAUUUUUAACACCUCAGUUUUCCACAUUGAGGCAGAUCUUGGGGUCAAGACUGAACUGUGGGGAGAUUUUAGUGAGAUGGAUGGGACCAUUUUGAGCCUCAAGGCUCCUGGGCAAGAGCUUAUGUUCGCUUUAGUGGCCAAUAAUAACACAAAGGAGGUCACACUCACUUUCGGCAAAGAAAAAAUCAGUUUGAAAGACACUUUGAAGAGACUGGUGAUAAACUUUCACACAGAUUUUCUGCAA